GUUGCGCGAUGGGAGACAGCAGCAAGAAGGACCGCCCGAGGGAGUCGUCGUCGCGGAAGAGCAGCCGGCGCAGCCGCAGCAGGGACGACCGCCACAAGCGCAGCAGCAGGAAGCGCAGCCGAAGCCAUGACCGCGGCCGCGAGAAGAAGGAGCGCCGGCGGAGCCGCAGCCGGACCCGCGAUCGGUCCCGCGAUCGAUCCCGCAGCCGCGACAAGAGCCACCGGGAUAAGAAGCGCAAGACGUCACACUCGCGGUCGCCCGAGCCGCCGAGGAAGAAGAAGGACGUGGCCGAAAAGCGCGAUGCGGAUGUGGCCAAGCCGCUGGCGGAGAAAACGUCUCCGGCGCGCGAGCCGACGAAGGGUCCAACGUCGUUCGGUGGCCUCGCCCUCAAAGACAAGAAGAAGCCUGCGCGAGUCGAGCAUAAAUCUACCAAGGAAGACAAGGCCGCGCUGGAAGAGGCGGAGAAGGAGAAGCGUCUCGAGCGGCUCCGGCUGUGGCGCGAGCAGCAGCAGCAGCUCCAGAAGAAUGAAGAGGCGGAGCCCAAGACGAUGGCCCCGAGCGUUGUGCCGGCCCCGAGCGUCGUCAACACGGGGUUCCUCGUCGAGGACGACGACGAAGUCAAGCAAGUGCACAUUUGGCCCAUGGACGAGAAGGAGGAGAAGGAGCUUGAAGACGACAAGGCCAAGAUGCACCAAGAGACCAAGAUCGACCCGCUCGAUGCUUUCAUGGCCGAGCUCACGAACGAUUCGAUCGAGCAGCAGUCGCUUUCUUUGCAUGGCGCCCCCAAGGUCAUCUCGCUCGAAGACAUCAUGUCGACGUCGGGGCCACGGCUUGACUUUUACGGCUCGUUCUUGCCGACCGAGUCCAACACGGUCAAGCCGACAACCGAAGGGCCGAUGGAGCCGCUGGUCGAGACGGACGCUGAGCGCGACGCGCGCGAGAAGCGCGAGCUCGAAGAGUUUAUGCGCGCGAUCAAGACCAAGCGCGAGCAAGAAGAGAAGGCGAUGACCACCGGCGUGCUGCUCAAGGCCGACGACGACGAGCCGCCGGCCGAGAUCAAGAAGACGGAGACGGGGCGCAUCUACCAAGGUACGGAGGAAGAUGCGAUUGGCGAAGAGAUGGAAGAUGAAGACACGCGGACGGCGCUUGAGAUUCUCCAAGAGCAGCAGAAGCGCAAGGACAUCAAGCCCGUCGACCACGCGCAGGUCGACUACAUUGCGUUUCGAAAGAAGUUUUACAUUGAGCCGCAAGAGAUCGCCAAUCUCUCGCAGGACGAAGUCAAUGACGUGCUCAAGGACCUCGAGAUUAAGAUUCGCGGCAAGAACUGCCCGCGACCGAUCCUCAAGUGGACGCAAGCCGGCCUCAGCGGGCGCCUCCUCAAGCUCAUUACCCGCCAGACGUACGAGGCCCCGUUUGCGAUCCAGUGCCAAGCGCUGCCGGCCAUCAUGUCGGGCCGCGACGUCAUUGGCAUCGCCAAGACGGGCUCGGGCAAGACGCUGGCGUUCUUGCUGCCGAUGUUUCGGCACAUUCUCGACCAGCCGCCAUUGGCCGACGGCGAGGGCCCGAUCGGGCUCAUUAUGGCGCCGGCGCGCGAGCUCGUGCAGCAGAUUUACCUCGAGUCGAAGAAGUUCACCAAGGACCUGGGGUUGCGCUCGACUGCGGUCUAUGGCGGGUCGUCGGUGUCGGAGCAAAUUGCGAAUUUGAAGCGCGGCUCGGACAUUGUCAUUUGCACGCCCGGGCGCAUGAUUGACAUUUUGUGCAUGAGCGCGGGCAAGAUGGUGUCGCUCAAGCGCGUGACGUAUGUGGUCCUCGACGAAGCCGACCGCAUGUUUGACAUGGGCUUUGAGCCCCAAAUCACCAAGAUUAUGAUGAACAUUCGCACGGACCGCCAGACGCUGCUCUUUUCGGCGACGUUUCCCCGCGCGGUCGAGACACUGGCGCGCAAGGUGCUCAAGAAACCGAUCGAGAUUACGGUCGGCGCGCGCAGCACCGCGUCGGGCGACAUUACCCAGUACGCCGAGGUCCGCGAAGAGCACGACAAGUUUAUGCGCCUCCUCCAGCUCCUCGGCGUGUGGUACGAAAAGGGCAACGUGCUCGUGUUUGUCAACACGCAGCAGGCGUGCGACACGGUGUUUCAGGACCUGAUGAAGGCCGGGUACCCGGCGCUCUCGCUCCACGGCGGGAAGGACCAAGUCGAUCGCGACUACACGGUGGACGACUUUAAGCGCAAGGUCCGCACGCUCAUGGUGGCCACGUCGGUCGCCGGUCGCGGCUUGGACGUCAAGGACCUCGUACUGGUCAUCAACUACCACUGCCCGAACCACAUUGAAGACUAUGUGCACCGCGUCGGCCGUACGGGCCGUGCCGGACGCAAGGGCACGGCGUACACGUUCAUUUCGCCCCAGGAAGACGAGUAUGCCCCCGACUUGGUCAAGGCGCUCGAGACGGCCAAGCAAGCCGUGCCACCCGAGCUGAUUGCGCUCGCGGACGGCUUCAAGGAAAAGGUCAAGAAUGGUCUGGCGCGGUACCAUGGCAGCGGCUUUGGCGGCUCGGGCUUUACGUUUGACGCGACGGAGAAGUCGGAGGCCCAGCGCGCGGCGGACGCCCAGCGUCGCCAUUAUGAGAUCGACCAGGGCAUGAUUGAUGCAACGGACAAUGACGGUCGUGACGACGACGACGACGAGAGCUCGGCCAAGGCCCAAGCCGCGGGCUCGAAUGACGAUGCAUCGGCCUUGUCGACGCGUACGGCGACGGGCAUCGACAAGGCGCGCCUCGUCAUUGAGCGUCUCCAGGCGAUCAAGGAAGGGACGCUAUCGCUGAAGGAGACGACGCACUUUCACGAGGAGCUCGAGAUCAACGACUACCCGCAGCAGGCGCGCUACAAGGUCGUGCAGAAGGAGGCGUCGGACAUUGUCGCCGACAUGACGGGCGCGUCUGUGAUUUGCCGCGGCACGUACGUGCCGGCCGGUCGCAAGCCGCAGCUGGGCGAGCGCAAGCUCUACUUGUCGAUCACGGGCUCGUCGCGCCACGCGGUGCAGCAGGCCAAGGCCGAGCUGCAGCGGAUACUGGACGAGAAGACGCUCGAGGUCGGCCUCUCGGACAACAAGUAUGGCAAGUACACGAUCUAGUCGACGAUAUAAUUAUGGUAGUUUUUUUAAGGCUCACAAAUAGCAGACGAGGUUUCCUAGAC